AUGGCGCUGGCGGGGGAGGUGGGGCGGUUUUUGCGGGAGGAGGCACCGGUGCUGGGACCGAUGGUGAUUCGAGAUUUGACUCAGUAUCGCGAUGGGGCGCAGUUGACAGCACUGGAGCAGCGGCAUGUGCCGGUGUUUGCGUUCAACGUGCAAAGGCACGCGUGUCACAUCAUGGCACGCGUCUACGAGCGGCCGUACAACCCUGCGGCCGCCCAGGCUUGGACGCUGCGGUGCAGCGUGGCCGUGGUCCUGACGCGGCAGGUGCCAUCACAAGUGUUUACCGACUUUGCCACCAGCACCGGUCAAACUACGCUGGCACCAUACUACGCCAGCUUGCCUCUUGUGUGGCUGGCGCGCGUGCAGAAGCGCCUGCUGGCGCUGCACAAGCUACCCCCAGGUACGGCACCCGCCUUUGACUUUUGGGCUGAGGUGAGCCACACCAGUGCAUUGCGGGUCAAGCCAGCCCAGGCUACCCUUUUUGUGUCCAGUGGGAAAUUUUUUGUUCCCGCUCGUCUCCCGCCGGACAUGCUCUUUCACAAACUCAAGCAAGGCCUGCAGCGAGGCCAAGCCAAGCGUCGCGCACCAGCGGCAUCGGCCACCCAACGCCUCGAGACGACCACAAAGGACAAGCCGUCCAAACCAAACGCGUCUCAGACCGCAACAUCUACUACUGCUGCUCCCAGAACAGGAAAGGCAGGCUUGCGGAGGACGCCCGGAGACUCUGGCGCAUCCCCGGCCCCGACACGACAGAGUAGCGGGGCCCCUUGCAAAGUGCUAUCGGCGCGGCUGCCACUACAUUGGACGCUGGAACCCGUCCGGCUGCUGCAACACGUAUCACCGACACGCCGUGCGCGUAUUGUUGCUGAAUGGUGUGCCUGCCGGCCGGACGCUGCACCCACACUUCAGCGAGCCGCUUCGGCGGGAUGUACGUUUAUGGGAGAUGACGGUGGGGCGGCCCAGGGCAGUUGCUGGCUAUGCGAGCAUCGAGCACCCACGGGAAAUGAGCUUCAACAGCAUAUAUCAUGCGCGCGGCAUGCAGCGACUUGUUGGAUGACCACGCCCUAUGAGGGGGCGGUUGCGGCGUUGCAGGGGGUGCGGCAGUUGGCCGGGUCAUCACGGUCCGCCCGCUGGCAGCGCGCGGCUCAGCCCAUGCUGGAGGUGCUCAGGGAGCUGGCUGCGGCGCGAUGUGCCGCGGUAGGGCAUGCCCCUGCGGUGGCAGCGCUCACGGCGUUGCUGGACGACACGGUGGGGUGGUGUCGGCAACACGAGUGGUGGACGGGGCUGCAUGCCACGAGUCAAGCUCUGGAAGCAUCCUUGGCUGUGGCCGCUGAUGACCUUCGUGUGCAGGCUGCUCACGCGGCCAAAGGCCGGGAUGGCGACCCGAAUGGUGGUCUAGUAGCAACCUGGGUACCAACGUCCCUCGGUGGUGCUGCGGACGCCGCCGCCGUCACCACCACAACAAUGACGACAGGGACGGCAACACCAGAGAGCAUGGUGGGCCCUGCGCUCAGCGAAGUGAGUCGAGUGGUCACGGCAAGCUGUUACGCAGACCCAAGCCUGUUGGAUACGCUGAACGACGUACUGGGCGUGCAUGUGAGCCAGCCGGACCGGGACGCUACGAGCGUCACCGGAUCGGAGCUGGCAGCGUGGAUGGCUCAUCGUGUAGAUGUGGCCAAGCGACGGGCGCAAUUAUUGGCUUCGUUACGACCAGCAGGAACGCUGACGACACGGGUUGUGGAGGACGUGUUGGCUCCGUUGAUGCGGAGCAUCUACGCUACGCUGCAAGUGUACGUACACCUGCCGGCUUUGGAUCCGCAAGAUUCAGAGUGGACGCAGGCAAAUGCUUUGGUGGAGUUGCAGUUGGCGACGUUUGAGAGCAUGUUGUCGCAUUUGAAUGUAUACGAUGCUUGGACGCGCUGUGAUGCACGAGCUCUGGAUGUGCCCCAUCUCCGGGCGCUUCGCCGGCAACGACAGCGCCCAAGUGAAUCGGGCUGA